GGCGGGAGCACAUGUCCUUUCUCUUUUGUUUUCCGCCUGGCAGGCCGGCUGCGCGCCCGGGCUGCGGAACCCGCCGGGAAUCGCCGCCCCGAGGGAGAAGCGGGAUCGGGACCCCGCCGGAGCCGUGUCCGGGGGCUGCUGCCCGGCCCUCUAGAGAAGCCUAGAAGCGACGGUUUUGUGGAGCUGGAAGUCCAGGCUGCGGAGCAAAACUUUGCCGUUUCUCCCCGCGAUUCCCACAUGCGAGUUGAUAACGUGAGACCGGCCGCUUUUCUUAUUGCUGCCGCUACCUCGAGUGCUGGGGGGGGCCAGCGCUCUCCUCCCCCACCUGCCGCUGUUUCCUUUACCCGGCCCUAGAGCUGCUCGGUGGGCUUACCUUGCCAUGUGGGGCUAGGAGAGGGGCGGCGGUUCUCCACGGUGUGAAGCGGUAAACAUGGAGGCGGCGUGCAGACCCGACGGCGGGGAGCAGAGUCAUCAAGGCAGCGGCAUGGACGCCCCUGGGGACGCUUCUAUGGACUGCUACUUGCGAUCUCAGGGCUUGUACAGAAAGAGAGUUGCCAAGGAUGGAUCUUGUCUUUUCAGGGCUGUGGCCGAGCAGGUGUUACACUCUCAGUCUCGGCAUAUUGAUGUUAGGAUGGCUUGUGUAGACUACCUUCGGAAACAUAGGGAGAAAUUUGAAGCAUUCAUAGAGGGGCCAUUUGAAGAGUAUUUAAAAUGUUUGGAAAAUCCACAGGAAUGGGUUGGACAAGUAGAAAUAAGUGCCCUUUCUCUUAUGUACAAGAAAGAUUUCAUAAUAUAUCGGGAACCAAAUGCUUCUCCUUCACAUGUAACUGAAAAUGGCUUUUCUGAUAAGGUAUUGCUGUGCUUCUCAAAUGGAAACCACUAUGAUAUUGUGUAUCCCAUAGAGUAUUCAGAAAAGGCUGCUCUGUGCCAGUCUCUGCUGUAUGAGUUGCUUUAUGAGAAAGUAUUUGAUACAGAUGUAAAGAAAAUCAUAGCAGAACUUAGUGCUGUUGGUGUAACAGAGGAAAGUAAUGGUAGCAGUGAAGUGUCUGCUUCAGAUUCAGAAGAUGAUAACUACAGAAGUAAAGCUACAACAGUUAGUGAUAUGAAUGGAUUGAAAUCUCUUUCUGGCAACAAGCACCUUAAGAGCAAUGGGAAUCCUACCUUGUUGGUCUUACCUAAAAAAGUUCUUAAAUCACUCAAUCCAUCAGUUUACAGAAAUGUUGAAUAUGACGUUUGGCUCCAAUCCAAAUGGGAUCAGCAAAAACAAGAUUUUUCUAUUGCUGCUGGCAUGCAAUACUCAGUUGGAGAUAAAUGUAAAGUGCGCUUAGACCAUAAUGGGAAAUUUUAUAAUGCCCAUAUUCAAGAAGGUUCAGAGAAUGGGCCAGUUGUUGUAUUUGUAGAAGAGCUCGGAGCAAAGCAUGCUGUCUCACUGAAGAGCCUUAAACCUCUUCCACAAGCCUCUCCUAUGGAGGGCUGGAACACUGUGCCAGGGAAGAAGAUAAAAAAGUUUUUCCCAACAUGGGGGCAGAAUGCUCAGCCCGAUGCAGAUUGCAGAGGGGCAAAGAAUCAGAGCAAGUCAAUAAAACCCCAGUCAGCACUACCUCCUCGACUUCAGCAUACUGUGGGAACCAGGCAGCAUCAGUUCUUAUGUUCUGGACCUCAACCUCAUCAGACCUCAACUGAGCAAAAAGCUCCAGGCAGGAAUCCUUCCCAAACUGUAAGAAAACCAGACCGGGAGAGAACGGAGGAUCUGAACCAUGGCAGCAGAGAUUGUAACUACUUUGGCCUGUCUCCAGAGGAACGCAGGGAGAAACAGGCUAUAGAAGAAUCUCGUUCACUUUAUGAGAUCCAGCAGAGGGAUGAACAAGCUUUUCCUGCUCUUUCCAAUAAUCAGUCAGUCUGUCAGGCUGCUACACAGACUCUGGAUAAUUUAAACCAGAAAAAGUUCUCAAGUAAUGAGAGAAGAAACAGCAAGUGGACAGCAGAGGUGGAAGAGCAGAAGGAUAAAGAGUCAAAUUCCAGGCAGAUCCACUUAAGUCAGAAGCUUGAGCCAAAUUCAUCUGAGAAGAAUAGUCAAGAUGAGAGUUAUCCAAAAGCUUCAUCUCCUUUGGAACAAGUAAAAACGGAUUCUCCGAUUCCUGCUGAGCAAAACCUGACAGAAUGCUUACCAAGCGUAACUCCAACACCCUCACCAGUCUUUUCUGAGGUGCAUUUACCUCCAACAGUGCCUUCUGUACCAGCCAUUGUGCCAGCUUGGCCAAGUGAGCCAACAACCUAUGGACCAGCAGGUAUUCCAGCCCAAAUACCUGCUUCUUCAUUGAUGCCAGCCCCAGCAACGGGACCUGACUCUAUUGUAUCACAGGCUCAGACUCUGAAUCCUUACCAGGAUCCGCUAUACCCUGGAUUCCCAUUUAGUGAAAAGGGAGAAAGAGCUGUUGCACCCUCUUACUCCCUGUGCAAUACUGGGGAAGACUUACCUAAAGAUAAGAAUAUUCUUAGAUUUUUCUUCAACCUUGGUGUGAAGGCAUACAGUUGUCCCAUGUGGGCACCCCAUUCUUACUUGUACCCCCUGCACCAGGCCUAUUUAGCUGCUUGUAGAAUGUACCCAAACGUGUCCCUUCCUGUGUAUCCGCACAACCCCUGGUUCCAGGAGGCUCCACCGACUCAGAAUGAAAACGAAACUGCACGAACAAACAGGCACUUUCCUGUUCUGAGCGAGGCCAGAUCCAACGGUCAGAUUCCACAGGUUGAUAGUAGAUCUCCAUCACUGCCUCUGAUUAUACCUACAGCUCAGGUGUCAGAAAGUCAAGGACAGGUCUGUGUAGAAACGGAGAAUCCGGUGCAAGCUCUUCAUGCAAACUAUGAGGAGUCCCUGAGAGGGAAAAAUAUGUUCCCACAGCCACCCUUUGGACACAAUCACUUUCUAGGAGCUGUUCCAAUAGCACCUCCUUUCUUUCCUCACUUUUGGUAUGGGUACCCAGUUCAGGGUUUCAUUGAAAAUUCAGUAGCAAGACCUAAUGUUGUCAUGUCACCUGAGGACAAAGAGGCAACAGCUAGCACCUCUGCGACCAUGUACGUGGCUAAAGAAUGCAACCCUCCGGUUCCUGUAGUAAACUGCGCAGAACAGCUUCAGAAGACUAACAGCAGCAGCGGCUCGAACACUGUACCAUUCCCUGUGGUUGGUGCAAGCAGUGAUUGCAGUGUGCCGAAAGAAACAUCAGCUAGGGCACCUCAGCUGGAGCAAACUUGUCCUUUGGCUUCUUCUCCAGCUAAGCAAAAACCAGCUGGGCAGCAAAAUCGUUCUCUGCAAACGCAGGGGACCGAGAGGCAGACCGCGGUGCCCAACACUCCACCACUGUUGGCAGAACCACCGAAAAAUGAACUGAAAAACAGCAUUCCCAGUCGUAAGGAGAAGACUGAUAAAGGUAGAGAUUCCAAGGGUGCUGGUAAUCUGCAGACAGAAAGCAGGGCACAGAGAACAAGGGAGGAGAGCUCUGAAGAUGAGAGUGAAGUUUCUGAUAUGCUGAGAAGUGGUAGAUCCAAGCAAUUUUAUAACCAGACUUAUGGUGGAGGCAGAAGGCCUAGACUUGAGUGGGGUUAUUCCAGUAGGGGAGGAUACCAGUUCCAAAGAAACGAGGAAGCCUGGAAAGGACCACCCAGCAGAAGCAGAGAUGACAGCUACCAGUAUCAGCGGAACUUUAGAGGGAGGCCAUAUAGGAAUGACAGGAGAAGGGCAACACUGGGAGAUAAUCAGAGGGGGCAUCAAGCAUAGAAUGAACGGAUAAUUGAAAAUUUUAAAAUGCAAAAAGUAAUUUGAAGUAGCAGUUUAAAAAUCUUAAAUCUCUUUCUUUUUAGGAAAGUUCAAGGGUAUGUUGUAACUUUUGGCGAGUAAAGACUAGGAUGAUGUGAACUCCUACCAUAUGUUUUUUGGGGGGGAUUAUAGAGUUUGGCUUAGCAUUUUUUCCUUAAUGUCAAGUUAGAAAAAAACCAAUAUAGGUUUAGUGUUUGAUAACUUUUUUUUUUCCCCCACAAAGGUUUGAGUUUGUGAUAGAAGAUGGAUACGUAUGUUUACUAGAGUGAUGAAUUAUAGCAUUUGAUGUGAUCUAGAUUUUAAAAUUGACAGUAACAUUGCACCAAAUAUAAAUGUAUAUUUUAUCAUACAAUGCCUUAGUUCUGAACUGAGCUAAAGGAAUUCUCAGCCUACUGCACUGUUGUCUUUGAUAUGCUUCCAACCCAAAGGCCUUUCAUCUCAAAGAAAAAAAAAAUAUCUGUCAAACUUGAA